AUGGGCGCAUUGAAUCCGGAUAUCCGCGCGGAUGCGGAUAUCCGCUCACAAUUUCAGCGGAAAUACACAUCCGCAUCCGCCGGCGGAUACCCCCCAGCGUUGGCGGGUAUCCGCGCGGAUACCCCGCCCUCUGAAUGGGCGGCGAGGCUCUUCCAGGAGGUUGACCCUGCAUUAUGUCUCGUUUAUGUUACUCCUGAGAGGAUCAUGAGAAGCUCGGUGUUGUCUAACAUCCUAACUGACCUCAAAAAUCGCAAGUUGUUGGCUCGCUUUGUUUUUGAUGAGGCUCACUGUGUAAGUCAAUGGGGACACGAUUUUCGUCCCGAUUAUAAGGGCAUCGGACCGAUGCUUCGUAUAGAGUUCAAGAAUAUUCCAUUUAUCGCCUUGACGGCAACAGCAAACCACAGGGUUCAACAGGACGUGACGUCGAACCUGAAGAUCACCGGUUGUCGGGUCUUGACCCAGUCCUUCAACCGAAUCAACCUGAGAUAUGAGGUUCGACCCAAGACGAAGGACGUGCUGAAUGACAUCAUUCAGAUCAUCACUGUCGAUCAUAAAGGUGAAAUUGGGAUCAUCUAUUGUCUUUCAAAGAAGCAGUUUGAAGAGGUUGCCACACACCUCUCUGCCAAGAACCGGAUAAAAGCCCAUCACUACCAUGCUACGAUCGGUACCAGCUCGUCGGGAGGGGUUCCUCCCGACGAGCUGGUUUUAAACCAGCUCGCUGGGAGGAAGCGCUCCCAGCGAGUUGGCCUGUGGACGCUCGCCGGGAGGAACCCCUCGCGACGAGCUGGUUUAAAAACCACGGGAGGGAUUCCUCCCGGCGGUGUGGCCUCUUGGCACCGGGUAUCCCAAGGGAUACCCGGAUACCCGCCAGUAUUUCAGGGGGAAGGGUGCAUCCGCACCCCAAUCCGCACCCGCUGGCAGGUAUCCGCUGGCACUGGCGGGUAUCCGCCAGCGGAUAGCGGAUAUCCGCGGCAGAUUAUCCGCGACCAUCUCUAG